AUGUCGAAGUGCUGUAAGCUUUCUGACCACACUGUUUGCAAGAUUUACAACGAUAUUGUUCAUGUCAGUUUGGAAUCAAAUUUCACCCCAAGGAUAUCAACUUCGCCCUCAGCACUGCCAGAAGAAGACCCAAGCAUCAGAGGUGCUGGCUUCACUCACCAGCUGCACGAAGACGUGAUGCUUAACUGUUCUUCUCCACGGUCCCAGCCUCCAGCUUCUCUUACGUUCUACGUCAACCAGGAACUGGCAGACCCGAGCUGGUUGAUUACUUACCCGCCCCUGGAAGACCCAGAGACAGGUCUGGAGACCGCGAUACUAGGUCUGCGCUUUCCUCUACGGCCAAGACUGCUGCGCCGAGGCAGCAUCUCCAUCAAGUGCACAGCAUCCAUCUUCAACCUCUACUUUAAGAGCACCGAGGCCUCAGUCCACGCUGACGUGCCUUUCCACGCCUCUAUCAUGGUGGACCGAGCAGCCACAGGCCUAGGAGUUCCAGGGAUAACCUCCAAUGUGUUUUUUUUAGUGGUUUCGUGUCUGCUUCUCUUGCUACUUACACAUUAGGGAUUUUAACUGCCAGCCAUUUGUUACUCAGUGGCGUGGAGCCGCUGGGAAAUUAGUGCGUGUUUGCUAGACUCCACAUGACAACAUAUGCAAGUGGCCUAAGGUGCAGUAGAUGAACGAACAUCGAAGUGUUUACGGGGCAGACGAUACCAGUGUUUUGUGAUUUCUAUAUAGGACUUUGAAAGCAAAUUCAUACACUUACAUAUAUAUAAAAACAUUCAACAGUAUUUCCCGGAGUCCAUCGUCAGAGAAGUGUUAGCCUAUUUUCUAUACUUUAUGUUUGUUCUUACUCUCUAUAUUAUCAUCAAGAUGAAUUAAAUGAAGUUAUUGUGACUAUUAUACACAUAUAUUCAAGUAAUAUUUUCCACAUCUAGUAAGAGAUCUUCCUGUUGUGUAUCAUGUUAAACAUCCCGCUGGUGUUUCUGAAUGACAUAACAAGACGGAGUAGCCGCACAACCUUGGCUGGAACAAUUCACAGCUAAGCCACUUCAGUAAGAGAAAAUUAUAGACAGCGUUUUGAUCACUCCUGACUCAGGAUGAACUGAAACACUGUUUUUUAUAUUCUCUCUAUAUUAUGGGUUAGUUGUGUAUAACGACGAGUGGAUUCCCUGAAAACACAGACUCUUCUGGCCUGCUCAGUGUCCAUCUACAAUGUCUAGAUGCUGAUGGUUCAUUCUACAGUAUUUACGCAUAAUAUUUUUCUCGAAAACGUUCUUCCCCCAUUUUGAUAUAUUGUAAUGUAAGUUAAAUGAG